AUGAAGAAUUCCCUCAAAAUGCUCUGCCGGCAGAGUGCCCUCGUGGGGGGACGGGAUCCCACGUUGACCCCCACAACGCGGCCACUGCGGUCCAUAGGUCUUCAACGCGGCUCUGCAUCUCCACGUGGUUCUAUUACGAACCAACCAUGGCUCAGGGGUUCAGGAAUUGAGCCCCUUGAGGCGAACAGUAUUCAGACGUCUCAGCAGUCAGUGCCGCAGGUCUUGUGGAUUGGAUGUUCCGACAGCGACCCUCGAGAAUCUAGUGUUUAUCAGAUUCCAAAUGAUCAGCCACUAGAGCUCAGGAAUUUGGGGAACAUGAUAAUUGAGGGUGAUUUAUCUUCCGAAACCAUGAUCAAACAUGCUGUGGUUAAUCUUCAGGUAGCGUUGCCCUUGCCAUAG